GAGUCCUUAAAAUUUUCAACAGGAUUUUCCAACGUCACUUUUCGAUUAAACCGUGCGUGCCUAUGCACGUUAGAAGCUCACGAUAGUAUUUCGUUCGUUUGAAAAAUAAAUCGUUCAAAUUGACAAUUACAAAUAUUCUUCUUACGAUUCGUUCGAUUUAAUAUCAAUCGAAAUAAAAUAUUUUGGAUUAAUCAUUUAAUUUUCAAGUUCACGCACGAAGUUACGCAAAUUUAAUUUACGUUUUUAUCGAUAAAAGAACGUAAUAACCGGGGAUCGGAUAAAAAGCAGAGUUUUUUUUAUAAAUCGAAAACGGUUCUUGUCGUAUUAAUGGCAGGUAUGAUAUAAAUCGAAACAAAGCCGAUGUGAGGCGAGCUUUUCCAGCGUAUUCGGCAGAUUCACUCGGUCUUCUUUGUCCCUCAUUCGCUUUCUCUGGUUUUCGUUCUCUCUUUAUCGAGGUUGAACGAGAACAAGCCUCGGGAGGAAUCAACGAUAUGGAGAGGAACAUGGAUGCCAAGGGGAUGGCUAGGAAUCGACCGGGCUCAUCGCCGAUCUACAAACGUUCGUAAAAAUGAGACCGUGCUCCAUUUCUCGUUAGUCGAUCCUCGCUGCUCUCGUUGCUAAUGGUUGCUCUUUGCACUCGGUGUACGGUACAACGGCCACGCGUACAUCACGGGGUUUUGUCCCGCGAGGCCAUGCAAAGAGACCAACCUGUAAACUCCAAUGUACAUCGUCGGGAAAACAGGAAAAGCCAUCUCUUUUCUUCAUAUUCAGCCACGUCCACGAUAGAUACGAUCCUUUUCCAUCUUUUAUCUUCUCCUUUCACGAUCGAUCAACCGGAAUCGCAACGACGAUGAUGAUGAUAAUGACGACGACGACGACGACGACGACGACGACGAUGAUGAUGACGAUGAGGAAAGAACGAUGACUAAGUCGCCCUUGUCCAGCUAUCCCCGUGAGGGCGGUUCUUCGAGGUACGGCCGAGCUACCCUGCGAUAUUCGUCCACCACGACACAACGACUCGACCGUUUCGGGACACGACUCUGCCAUUUUGAUCGUCUGGUACAAGAACGACAUGACACCCAUCUACAGUUACGACAUGAGGGGAAAACAUUCAGAAAAGGCAUCGCAUUGGAAGGACAAGGAGCAUUUGAACGAAUUCACGCAGUUCCGAAUGAAUACUGAUCCAGCUAUGUUAGUCAUCAGUGACGUUGAGGAAAAAGACGAGGGAGAUUAUAGAUGUCGGGUGGAUUUCACUAAGAGUCCCACAAGGAAUUCAAGGAUUUAUUUAACUAUUAUUGUACCACCGCACAAGCCAAACAUCAUCGACGAACGUGGAAAAACUGUAUCGACCGUGGCCGGACCAUACGAAGAGGGUGGUAAUAUGAAGUUAACGUGUUUAGUAUCAGGAGGUCGCCCGGAACCUACGGUAAAAUGGUGGCGAGGAGAAACCCUAUUAGAUUCGAAGGACGUGCCUGGAGAGUUUCCAUCCCUUCGUCGAAAUACUCUGCUCGUGACCGAUCUUUCCAGAGCGGAUCUUCACGCUGUCUUCACCUGUCAGGCUUCCAACAAUAACAUCAGUCAACCGGAGUCGGCCUCGGUCGCGAUCGAAAUGCAUCUGAGACCUUUGAGCGUGAGUAUACUUAGCAGCGAACACGCACCACUCAGCGCAGAUCGGAAAUACAAUAUCAGUUGUAUGACAGUCGGUUCAAGGCCACCGGCUAAAUUAUCCUGGUAUAUGGAUCACAAAAAGAUGGAAAAUUAUACGGAGAAGGUAUCGGCCGAUGGGAAUAUGACAAGUUCCAUCUUUACCUUCAAGCCUACCCUAGACGAUCACAACAAAAUAUUGGCCUGUAGAUCUGAGAAUAACAAGGUUCAUAGUGGCGUCGUCGAGGACACCUGGAAACUAAACGUUUUCUUCGUUCCUACCUUACAGUUGGAGCUUGGUACCAACAUGAAUCCCGACGACAUAGAGGAAGGCGACGAUGUCUACUUUGAAUGUAAGGUUCAUGCGAAUCCCUGGGCUUACAAAGUCGUCUGGAAGCACAACGGCAACGUCAUUCAGAACAACGCGAAGAACGGCGUGAUAGUGCAACAAUACGAUCUCGCUCUAAGAAAAGUCAAUCGUUCCCAGGCCGGAAAUUACACCUGCGUCGCUAGCAACGUCGAGGGCGAUGGUUAUAGCAAUAUCGUCGAGCUCAAAAUCAUGUACAAGCCAAUCUGCGUGGCCGAACAAAAGCGCAUAUAUGGAGUGGCACGUCACGAGGACGCCGGGGUGGUCUGCAGGGUCGAAGCGUAUCCACCUCCCGAAAGCUUUCGGUGGGCCUUCAACAAUACCGAGGAGAUGGUCGACGUGCCCCAGGCGCGUUACAAGAACUCCACUCGACACAGCCAAAGCGUCCUCACAUACAGACCGGUCACGGAAAUGGACUAUGGCACUGUGCUUUGUUGGGCAAGCAACACUGCCGGCCAGCAGAAGAAUGCUUGCAUAUUUCACAUCAUACCCGCGGGAAAACCAGAAUCUCCUUACAAUUGCACGCUGACCAAUCAAACAACCCAAUCACUUUCGGUGGAAUGCACCGCCGGUUUCGAUGGUGGUCAACCGCAACAUUUCUUUCUAGAGGUGUUCGAUCAAGAAACGGGUAUUCUACAAGCGAAUGUUACCAGGGAUAACCCUCAAUUUACUGUACAAGGGUUGGAACCGGGCAAAGUUCUUAACAUGAUAUUGUACGCCGUGAAUGCGAAAGGAAGGAGCGAACUGAUCUUGCUCGAAGGUUUUACUUUAAAAGUGGCCGAGAAGCAGACCGUGCGCGUUUUGUUUACAGGUACUCCGGUGCCGUUCGAAAUAACACCUCUGUUAGCUGGUCUUAUCGGUGUAGUUAGUGCCAUGCUUUUAGUUACCGGGACAAUUUUAGCAGCACUCAAAGUACGAAGCGAGAGACGAGCUCAGAGACCAGGUGAUUUGCCCUUGAAAAAAGCUACAGCACCCAGUUCCGAGGAUCUUUACGAUGCAGAUGAUAGAAAUCCAGACGUUGUGCCAACUAAUAAAGAUUCAGAUUAUCAAUUGACUGGAUCAACCUCGGGUACGCCAUUGGCAACGCAAGAUACACCGGAUGGUUUACCACCGUCUUCACUUCCAACGCAACAGAACAAUCAUCUUCAAGGACUUACCGGUUACAACGAAUACAACAAUUAUCCAACCUUACCGUUAUCCGGGGAAGUGACGUAUGCAGAACUUUGCUUGGCGAGGCCAACUACCCUAUCGACUUUGGGAACAGACACGAAGCUAGCGAAUUUAGGAAGCGUUACCGGUCUCGGAGGUCUUCAGGGAUAUGGAAGCGGUGUUAUCGUUGGCGGAAAGUCGUACGCAAAGGAGGCCACGGUAUACGCUUGCAUAGACCACAGCGCGAGGCCACCGAAAAUAGACACGGUGAAGAGUACAUCUUCAUGCGGUAGUACGCCGCUCUCGACGAUGAGCGGACUUCUGCAUGAUUCGACGGUGACCGGAAUGACUGGUAUCACCGGAUUGACCGGUACUACGAGCAAGCAUCCGGCAAGGGAAGUCGUCACCGUUCGCACGCCACUUAUUUCGAGCCAGGAAAGCUGCGUAUAGGGACGCGAUUCCGACGCGCUCGGCGUUAACGAAUAUUACGUCUGAUAUGGCCGCGUCGCAUCCCACGCCAAUGAGUCUCCUCCGAACCAGGAGCCGUUCAAAUACAUACCGCAAAUUGCUACAACAGGUAUGCCAGUAGCCAACCACACGACACAUCUUCUUAUAUUCUUAUUAGUUACAUUCUUUCUCCGUGCGUCGCCUAAAAUUCAUUCCCAGCUCUUUCUUAACAGAGAACGUUUUUAUCCCCAUCCGAUCUUUCCCUUUCCAUUCUUCUUCUGAUUCUAAUAUCUUCGGCAUUAUGACAAUGACGACGACGACGACGACGACAAUGACGACGAUAAUGACGACGAUGAUGACAAAAGACAAAUCUAUUUCACGUUACAUCGAUCCCAAGAUUCUUUGAUAAUCUUGCGUGCCUAAUGUACACGCCUAUUAGCAUAGGUACAUACUUAUGUCUCUUUGCCUAAAUUAAUUAAUAAAAAAAAAAAAAGAAAAAAAAAAAAAAAAAUAACGAGAUAUAAAUGCUAUGGAGAAAUGUUGAUAAGAAGAUGAUUUUUAGAUCGGCUUCUCGUACAAUUUUCACGAGAGAUCAAAGCCUAUUUUUUGCGCGACUCGAUAUGCUUUUUUCGUUUUCGCCGCAACAACGAGGUCGAUGACGACAACGACGACAACGACGACGACGACGACUUAGACUGUUACAACUAUGACUAUGACUACGACUACGACUACGAUGAUUAAAAUGACGAUCGUCGCCCUUCAUUGGACGCGGAAAAAACGCGAUAUUUGAAAUUUGCGGACGGACGUGCUGUCCUAUCGACUGAUGACGAACGCGCACAACGUCGAAACUGGCACGGAAGCGACGCGGUCGUUCGCACGAUAGAUACCUAUAUAUGUAUGUAUCUAUAUAAAUGGUAUAUGCAGAGAUGAAUUUUCUUAUUUGGAACAUUUUGCGAUCGGUAAAACUCGGCGCCGUAUGUUACGACGUGUAUCGUAUGCACGAACGUUAACGGGUGUCCAUUAUCGUACGAAUCUAUCAAUCUUUUUCCGCGUAUAUCCAAACGCGAAUUUUGUAAAUACCUUGUACAUAACGAUGCGACGAGUGAGGGGAUGAAAGAAAAGUUUAAUUGUAUGACGAAUAACAAAGACAGAGACGAAGGACUGUCGUCGAUAUGGUUCUCUUCGCGACAAGACAAAUAUGGACGAAUGUAAUAACACGUCGCGAUCCGAUGCAAAUUGGUACGUUGGAAAUUUUUCCAUGACAAUAAUUUCUUUUCGUCGAUCACUCUUAACACAUUGUCCAACUCAUAUCCGCAUGUUUCUACGCGUUUCUCAAUGCCGCUCGUUACGUUUACUCCGAUCGACUUAUUCCUCGAUCGAUCAUUAAAUUUUUACACACUCGAAUCUCAAUCGACUUCGUUAGAUAAAAAAAGAAAAAUAAGAAAAAAAAAA